AUGGAACUACGAAUACGGUGUCAACUGAUGUUGGCCAUCAUUUUCCAUGCCUUAAUACGGAGCUCGUCUGCCAGCGUGUCGUACCCCUCCAUCCAGGCCAUUAUCGGCUUCUCGUCCUCGUGUACGCUUGCGUACAGUACCCCAGUCAACAACUGCGAUCUCAAUGAUUUUCGCGCCAUUGGGGGAACAGGCAGCUGCUCAGCCAAAUGUCAAUCAAGUCUGGAGACGUCACAGCGAUUAGUACAACGGUUAUGUUCAGGGGAAAAAGCAGAUGGAAGUUCUCUGAUCGGACAACUUUUUGUCGGCAAUGUAGUGAACUUUCUGUGCGGGAACGUUGAUACUGGCGCCACACUCGCGUCAACAACGCAGGAGACGACCGAAGCGACACAGACUUCGACUUUUGCAGAGACAUCGAUGAGCAGCACAGCAUCAUCGGAAACGAGCACCACCGAGACAUCGUCAGUGGCGUCUACGCUCACAACUUCUUUGAGCGCGACUGCGUCUGCGACCAAGACUACUAGUAGCACUUCCGAAAGCACUAAUCAGUCGUCCUCUACAUCAUCUGAAUCUACGACUUCGACCCUCACGUCCACCUCAUCUUCCUCGGAGAGCUCGAGCACUUCUUCAGCAGCUUCGUCCAGCAGGGCAGCAAACUCACAAGUUUCAGGGGGAGGCAGUGGUGGAGGAAGUCCCUUUGAUGGGACAUUCUCUUCGGCUGCUUCGUCGCACACUCUGCAGCUGCACGGUGCAAUAUUGGUAUUUGCCGCUUUGACUGUGCUCCUCCUAGAAGCGUGGUGA